CUGCUCCCCUCCUGCGAUGAACACUUGUAGGUACAACACGCGCAGUGAGCAUGCGCAGAUCCGUCUGUAUCCUGUAUUUGUUCCCAGACAUCAUCAUCAUCAUCACCAUCACCACCAUCAUCAUCAUCACAGGUUGAACGGAUCGUCCUCUCUUCUUUUUACAUUUUAUGUUCUGCUCUUUAUUUCCUCUGACUCUGACUCUCACUGCUGCUGCUGCUGCUGCGGUGCGAUAAAAACCAAAACCAUCACGGAGGGAGUAGAAGCCAUAAGAUGAAGAAACGUUAUGUGGACGCGAGCAGGCUACGGAAAAUGAAAAAGCUGAAGAUAACGGAGAGGCUGUCUGAGAGUGCGUACACCGUCCUGAAGUUCAUGAUGAUGUGGACGCUGGUGCUGCUGGCGGAUUUCAUCCUCGAAUUCAGACUGGAGUAUCUGUGGCCAUGCUGGCUCUUCUUUGGGAGUGUAUACACUACUUUCCACUGCCAUGGGCUGGUGAGAACCCCUGUCACGGUUAUUUGUGUUGUUUUCGUCUGUGCUGCCUUCACUCUGGACAUCUUUUGUUUAAUUUUUGUCCCUUUGCACUGGCUGUUCUUUGUGGCAAGCACCUAUGUAUUAUUUAAUUACAUAUGGCACACAGAGAAGGGCAUCUGCAUAUCGACGGUGUCCCUGUGGAUCCUGCUCGUGUACACGGAGGCUUCGCUUCGACUCAAAGACCUUAAAACCUCUCAUGCCAAUCUGUCUCAUCUCUUCGCUGCACACUGCAUUGGAUAUCCUGUAGUGUAUCUGGGGUUUUACGCCACCUGCUAUUUCACCAACAUCUUUAAGCUGCGCAUACAGAAAGCGGUGCAGAGCGAGAACGACUUCCACAUGCACCUUCUGCAGCACUCGCUGCCUCCAGGCAUGCAGGUUUACCCCAAGACGGGCACAGAUGGCAGCAGCAGCUCAAAAUGGAAGAUAAAGCCUGAGUCGACUCAGUAUCAGUGUCAGAACGGCGCUGUGGUGGCCCACGACGAGGGACACACUGUGGACUGCCUCCAGAUCCGCAGCGAGGAGAGAGCGGCGGAGAAGGGAACGCAGGAGGUGAGGUCAGCCGAGCCACACCGGCGGCCGUCACCAUCCAAACCUGGCGAGUCCAGAGACGCGCUCCACUGCGGGGCAGGAGGACCAGAAUCCUCCACGACCCCGGAAAAUCUACCUCAAGACGAGCACGGAGGCAAAGCCGCGCGGGUGGCCAAAAGCUCCUCGCCAAAAGCCCGCAGAGGCAGCACGAACACUCCUUCACCACCGGCAGGGAGGACUGAAAAGAAACAGAGAUCCAGCUCCAAAACCGUCAGCCCCAACCGGGACGUGACGGACAAGAAUGCCACAGCAGCUCAGAACUACCACACUGAACAGAUGACCAAGCUGGAGCAGGAGCUGAGGAGGCUGAAGGGCGAGCUGCAGACGAGCAGGCAGAGCGAGCAGGAGCUGCGAAGUCACGUCUGCAACCUGACCAACAGCGAGAGGAGCCUGAGACCGGAAGUUUCCCUGCUCAGACAAUCCAACAUGCUGCUCCAGAGCAAAAUCUUGUGUCUGACUAAAACCAAGCAGAGAGACAAACAGAGCAGCGCGAUGCUGGAGAAGAAGACCAGAGCGGAGACGGAGGCCAGACUCUCCGUGGAGAAACAGUUGGCUGAGCUUCAGGUUCAGAAACUGGAGGAAGCAGCGAGCGCAGCACGGAGUCUGACGAACAGGCAGGAACACUGUGAAACCCAAAUGUUAAGGAAAAGAGUUAAAGAUCUAGAGACAGAGUACAAACAACUGCAGCUGGAGUGUCAAGUGAAAGAGAGUCGUGUGGUAGAUCUAGAGAGUGAUGUUGAGGCUUUGGGGAAGUACCGCAGUGUGGAGAAAGAGACGGACAUGCUGCUGUCCACUCUGUCAGCCAUGCAGGAGAAAGCUCAACAUCUGGAGUACAACCUGAGCGCAGAGACUCGCAUCAAACUGGACCUGUUCUCGGCUCUGGGAGACGCCCGCCGGCAGCUGGAAAUCGCUCAAGAUAAAGUGAUGAAGCAGGACCGGGAGAUCAGGGAGAUGAAGCAGAAGAUCGCGGAGGUGAUGGCCGUCAGUCCCGGCGUGUCCUACAUGGCUCCUCGGCCUCCGGUGCCGCAGUAUCUCACCAAGUUACUCAACUCCGAGCGUUACAUGCUGAAUCCACGAGCACUGAUGUACCAGUGUUUGAAGAAAUAAAGGAUGUCGUCGCCUUUUUUCAGACCCUCAGACCUCUUUGGCAAAACCGCCCCCGCGUCGUAAACCAUGACAGGGCGGGAAAAGGGUCUAAUGGAUUUUUUUUUUUAUUACAGAGCUAAAUGACACCAUGAAGUCAUCAACUUCCAGCCGUGAGUGGAAACCUGGAACGAUCCUCCACAAGUCGAAUGCCUUUCUGCCGCACUGAUGGUGCUAACUUGACAUGAGUAUAUACAUUUCACCACAUUCAGACACAUCGAGGGCUGAAGAGUUUCACUCCAGAAUAAGACAUCCUGAUAUGCAGAGCUUUUCUUCUGUCGACUCGUCCUAACAGCAGUCGGACGCUGUAGAUUCGUCUACGUGAAAAUCUGCUUUCAUUUCUACAUAGGAGGCAAAACAAUAAGUGUCUUCUAAACUCCUGUGAACAUUUUGUUCAAAGAAAGCUGGACCCAGAACAAAUUGAGGUCAAUGAACAUGAAUUUGUUAGUUCACAGUUCAAACUUAAAGUUUAACAUACGGACGCACUAACAAGUUACUAACUGUAGCUUUAAGAGACCCCAUGACUCUGUACAAUAUAUAUUUCCUGGCAUGAAAGUAAAACUACCCACUCAAUAUUAUUUAUGUCUUUAUCAUAAGUAUUACACUUAAGUUAGCCUAUAAUAACCUUUGUUUUGAUUGUUACAGAAGGAUCUUGACCUGCAGCGAAGGUGACUAAAGCAUUCAAGCUAACGCGAUCAAUAUUAUUAAUAUCUUGUUUAUUCAUUUGAGACAAAUUAUCUUUGAAAAAGGAUUUAAUGAGCCUCUGAACAGCAGAUAUUUUGACGCGUGACAGUGAGCCAUGAAACUGAAGCAGCUAAAUGGAAUUCAGCCAUCGAUUCAUUAACGCUGUUUUCUAUCGUGAUGUCAAAAUGUCCUCUUCUGUGGACGUUUAGAUAUUCAGAUUUAAGAUUUCGUGCCGCGAGUUUAUAAAACCGAGAAGCGUUUCUCAAAACAUGCAGUGAGAAAUUAUAUAAUAUGGAAUUAUCUCCGAGCCUUAUUUUCAGUAGUUGCGUUUAUGGGCUUCUUUUGAAAAUUAAAAAUGAACCUUUUUAUUUCAAGAGGGUCCAAACAAUAUUCUGUAUACGAUUCUCAAUUAUUAUAAUUAGUAAUCAAGAAUAUCAGCAUAUUUAUGGAAAGUAUGCUCUCGUCUGUGCCUGUAAAUAGUGGAGUGAAGAUUAUUUGAAUUGUGCUGAUGAAAGUUUCAAAAUCGAAAAAAAUGUUUUUGGAUUGAGACCUUUCACAGUUGCGGGCAUUUCGAUUUAACAGGUGUCGUGACCUGAUAAAGCUAAAAGGAGCUGUGAUCAUCUCUUUGUUUCGACUGACAGACAAACGGCUACAUCUACGUUUGGCAGUUCUUGGCUCCGUGAUGGCCAAACAUGGAAAGCGCGAAAAAAAAGCUGAACGGUCGCCAAUCGGUUCAGUCGGCCAAAAUUUCGACUUUGUCCGCGAGUUAAAGUGGAGUUGUGAAUAACGACGAGUGGUUUUGACCAAACAUGGUUCAUGAAUUGAAUUACUGUGCCUCUAUAAUACAUUACUUUCAAACUGGGAAGUAAAAACACAAAUUUAAUGUGAAAGAGUAAUGUGUUUGAAUUGAAGUGCUAUGUACUGUUUUUGUAGUUUUCCUUUUGUUUCUUUUGCUUUUUUUUUUUUUUACUCACAGUGUACAGAAUUGAAAAAUACCCACGCAGCUGAAAAACACUCACGAACUGGAUGUUGCCUUUUUUUUUUUUGGUAGCUUUUUAUUUAGAGUGUGUUUCUAGGGUGUUUUAUAUUUAAGAAAAAGUAUUUUUUAGUCUUGCUGUACUUUUAUUAUACUGCUGUAAUUUUGUACGGCAACGUGUUUGUCAGCAUGAAAUGUGUUUUAUCCAAUUGUUAUUCGAGCACACAUUGUGACAUUAAGUAUGUACAUGAACACAUUUGUACAAGGGCUACAGUUUCUUAAAAUUUUGAACAAAUAAUUCAAACAGUGACGCUCUGAGGGUAGAGAUCACGCUCCUGAUACACCAGGAUGGAUUUUUUUUGUAUAAAUAAUUUAAACAGUUGAAUUCUGUCUCAUUUGUGUUUGUCUGUGUGUAAAUUAUUUGACUUUACAUUUAAAAGGUAUGUAACUUUGCUUGUAACAAUACAAAUUCAGGAUCCCAGGGUCCAGUGUUUUUUAUUCACUGGAAAUUAUUUAACAUGAAAUAUAGUGACAAAAAAUUCAAGAGAAGAAACAUACUGACUGUAUUAUUGUUGUCAAGAAGUUUGCAUCUCAGUCGAGUAUGUUUUCUUAACUUCUGAUGACAUAGCAUGGUCAUUUUGUGAUAUAUUAGAGUAAAUAUCUUACAUAUUGUUCCUUUUAACUUCAUUUUCUGAUGUGGUUCAAGGUUAAAGGUUGAUUUAUUGGCUUUCGCUUACACAUGAAACUAAAAUGAGUACUCCAGGACCAGCGACGUACACGCAAAAGUCUAAAAUGAAUAACUAAAAUACUAUAUGAUAAAAAGUUCUAGAAUAAAUAGUACCA